AUGGUCCGGUUCCAAUGGCACGUCGAGGAUGGACUUGGUGCCAGCGUUGGUCCUGGGCAGUUGGUGUACCUCAGGGACCACGGCGUGCUACAAGCUAUGGUCGAAAUCGAGAUGCCUGGCGGGAGUGGUCCUUUGGAGGCUUGUAUGAACAUUCCGCAGAACUACAACACAGACUCCGGACGCCGCAGCGUGGUGGCGCGGUGUGGUGGGCCUCCAGACUCACGAAGAGUAGAGCCAGCGGGCCAGCUGGCCGUGCAUUACUGCACACUAAGUGUGACCACUGGGUGGUCGCUGGAUGAUCGAUGUGCGGAAAAACAUGAGGCAGGGUUCCUCGUCAUGCGGUACAUCUGCCACCCUAGCGCAAGCGAGUCACGGCGGGUGGCGGUGUACGAGAAGGCUGCUGACGUGGCCGCUACCAGCCCGUACGCCCGUGGAGUUACACGCUGGGUGCUUGCGGGGCUGGGGGCGGGAGCGCGGGUGGCUGCGCUCGCGGGCAGCAGAGUACGGAGUACGGUGGCUGGGUACGUGCUUAUGUCGUACCCCCUCAAGGAGGAAAUGCCGGAGGAUAUGGAGGCGGCGGCAGCAGCAGCUGAUACGGCCGCCUCUUCAGCCGCCGCCGUCGCGGCUGCAGCUGCAGCUGCGGACUCUUCGGGUCCGUUGUUAGGCCUAAAGGCUCCCGUACUGUUUGUGACGUCAUCCGCCGACCCACUGGUCAAUGAGGCGACGCUGUUGGAGCUGGGGCCCCGCAUGAUGACGUCGGAUGUACGGUCAGUUGUACUGCAGGACGUGGAUCCACACUUCCGCACACUGACAGGCAAGGGCCCCCACGCCGCCACACUGAGGGCGGUCAACGCCGCCUUCCAUGAAUUCCUCAACGCCGCCAGCGCGUAUCGGAUGGACUCCUGCAAGCUGCCGCGGAUAUGGCGCGGCGGCGCCGGCAUCUUUUUGCCGACGGCUACUGGUGCUAGUGCUGCCGCAAUGGCAGAUAGCGCCGGCAACGGCGGCAAAGCCGUUCCCACUCCGGGAUGUGCGGAGCGCCCGCAGCUGCAGCGACCCGCGUGUUUCAGGCCUCUACCCUUGGGACCUCCUCCACAAGCCCAACAGCCUUCUGUGCAGCAGCAGCAACAGCCAGCUGGGGUCCAGGCAGCUCUGCCGUAUGGCCUCAGCGCAUCGGCGGCGCAAGCCCUGGCGGCACAGCUACAACAGCGACAGGCAGCCGGCGGCGGUGCAGCUGGCGGCGGCGGCGGCGGUGCCGGCAACACCGCACAGCUGCUUGCCCAACAGAUGCUGUUGCAGCAAGCGGCCGCCGCUGCUGCCACGGCUGCGCAACGCCGUGGGUCAGACCAGGCCGAAGUUGGUCCUGCGUCGAUGGCGGCAGCGGCCGCCGCGAAGCUUGCGGCCGCUGCCGCCGCCAGGGGCGGCGGGGGAGCCGGUGGCACUCCGAACCAGCUUGCAGGACAGCUGGCGCAGGCUUUGGCGGAUCCCAACGCGGCGGCACAGAUCGCUGCGAUGCUGCUGCGCAACAGCGCCGCCAGCCAACACUCGCAACAGCAGCAGCAGAUACUGCAGCUGCAAUUGGGCUUACAGCAGGCGGGUGGUGGUGGGGCUGACGGCCCGGCAGCGGCGGGUAGAGGAGCGGCAGCGGGGGGCCUGAUGG